AUGCCCCACUCAUUUGCCUGGGUUUGCAAGGACAUCGUCAAAAAGCUUCAAGGAAAAGAUCUGAAGCCUGUCAAACGUCUGUCAGAUGCAAUGAAAUUCCACCAGUUUGAGAUAUUGCAGAAGAAUCCUCAGUCACUGUUUUGGAAAUCUGAAGAUACUCCAGUUGGAUAUUCCCUCCUACAGAUCUUAGAGCCAAAUUGUCCAGUUCCAGAGCCUGAAGUGUCAUCUCCCAUCCCCCUGAAACACACUCUAUCCUGGAAACUAAAGGCUAACACAGGUGUCAACGCCGCCAUUGUAGAAGGAAGUGCAUCAACUGGGUUUGGUCAGUCCUGUGGAUAUGACAUCGAGGUUCAGUGUACUAGCAUUCCAGAUUCAAAACUGGAAAGUCUUCAAAACAGGAAACUUCUGGAUCGGGAGCCAUCAUUUGUGAAGGAUUGCAGGAUGGGAAUAAAGGACCUGUAUGUGGUGACAGAGGCCUUUGAAGUGACCAAGGAUGCUGUUCUGGAAGACAGUAGCAGUGUAGACCUUUCAGGAAAAGUGGGCAUCCCCCACCAGAUUGUCAAGGGUGAAGUCAAGGGAGAGUGGCAAAGAGAGAGAACGGAUUCUGUGGCUAUCCUAAAGGGUUCAGUGGUGGCCUACAAGAAGAAGCAAUUGGUCAUUGAGAAUAACACUUGUGCCAUUCUCCUUUCUGCUAAUGCUAAGAAGAAAACCUUUCUAGGUAUGCUUCAUAUGCAUCCUAGGUUGAAAAGUGGUUUCGCUGGCUCAGAAUGGAGUUGCAAAUCAUCUGAGGAAAUAUUUGAGAUAGUGCCGUAUUCUGGAGGACAUCUAGAUUUCAAUUGCCUACAAGAUGAGAUUUCCAGGAAAACAGGAGAACUGUCCAUGCUUUCAAAGGAUGUUCAAGAUGUUGUGUUCUCUAGCCUCCUGCCCAUGCUCAGUGACAGGAAGAUUCUGUAUGACCUGAUGAACAUGCUGGAAUUGGAUCAUUUGGGGCAAAUGGAUGGCCCAGGAGGUGUGAUCCUAGAUGCUCUGCGACAGGACUCAAGACCCCCAUGGAUUGACCUAAAGAACCUCAUUCUUUAUCUCCUUCAAGCCCUAAUGGUGCUGAGUGAUACCCAACUCAGUCUGCUGGUCCAGUCUAUGGAGAAGAGGCUCCUCCUCCAGCAACAAGAGCUGGUAAAGAGCAUCCUGCAGCCAAACUUCAAGUAUCCCUGGAACAUCCCCUUCACUCUCCAGCCUCAGCUUCUUGCCCCACUCCAGGGUGAGGACUUGGCCAUUACUUACGAAUUGCUGAAGGAGUGUGGUCUGAAGAUGGAGCUGAAUAAUCCCAGGUCAACUUGGGAUCUGGAAGCCAAGAUGCCUCUGUCUGCCCUUUAUGGGAGCCUGUCAUUUUUGCAGCAACUUGUGGAAGCCUAA